AGUAGACCUCAUCUGCAAUUAGAUGACCCAGCACCUAUCAAAUUUUUGAGACAGCUCGGUGCUUAGAGGAAGGCUCGUCUAAAUAAAGGCCAGCUACUGCCAUUGCAGGGAUUUGAGCUUUCUCUGGAUGCCUAUGUGAUCAAAGGGUGAUUUGCAAGAUUUUUCUUUCCUGGGAUCCAGAUUAUUACAUCUCCUGGUUCCUGUGCCUUGACAGCAAGUGAAACACAAAAUGAAGACUGUCAGAGAUGAGCAUCUGCCGCAGGGACUUGGGGACCUUCUUACACAUCAGCUUGCAAGAUUCCCUGGCCACCAACUGAAAUAGCAAGCUGGAGCCUUUAUCGUGGGACCAGCCAUCUACCACAGAGCACUGGGCCAGGAAGUUCCUGGAGCUCCACUUGGGAGUCCUAUGUAACUGGAUAUCUGUCUGAUGGUACAGUCAGAGCUUAGAAGUUCAAGGUGAAGGAAGGUGGGAAGGUCAUCCAGUGACACCAACAGCUAUAGGCUGGGCUGGGCAGCCUCUGCAGCCUCUCACUGACGCAGGGAAGGAGGCUGCCCAGCAAGGAGUUUUUGCCCAGCCCGCAGGACCUCUGUGCAGACACUGGGCUCUGGCACACCUCAGCUGCAUCUCUCGCUCUUGGGCCUAUGCCUCUUCUACAACCAGCCCCAUUCGGUGGCUCUGGCUGAGAUGGAGACGUGAGCCUGCGUGGAUGAUGACGGCCGUGUGCGUGAAUGGAGGCGGUCUGGUGAACCCCCACUAUGCCAGGUGGGACCGGCGUGACAGCGUGGAAAGCAGCUGUCAGACCGAGUGCAGCAAGGAGGGUGAGGAGGAGCAGACGCGCCAGCUGACGCCCUUUGAGAAGCUGACACAAGACAUGUCCCAGGAUGAGAAGGUGGUGAGAGAGAUCACACUGGGGAAACGGAUCGGGUUCUACCGAAUUCGAGGGGAAAUCGGAAGUGGAAACUUCUCCCAAGUCAAGCUCGGGAUUCACUCCCUAACCAAAGAAAAAGUUGCCAUUAAGAUCCUGGACAAGACCAAGUUAGACCAGAAAACCCAAAGGCUACUAUCCCGUGAAAUCUCCAGCAUGGAAAAACUCCACCAUCCCAACAUUAUUCGCCUUUACGAAGUUGUGGAGACCCUAUCCAAGCUCCACUUGGUGAUGGAGUACGCAGGGGGUGGGGAGCUGUUCGGGAAAAUUAGCACUGAAGGAAAGCUCUCUGAACCAGAAAGCAAGCUCAUCUUCUCCCAGAUUGUGUCGGCUGUGAAGCACAUGCAUGAAAACCAAAUUAUUCACAGGGAUCUGAAAGCAGAAAACGUAUUCUAUACCAGUAGUACUUGUGUGAAGGUGGGUGAUUUUGGAUUCAGCACAGUGAGUAAAAAAGGUGAAAUGCUGAACACCUUCUGUGGGUCUCCUCCCUAUGCUGCCCCUGAACUCUUCCGAGAUGAGCACUACGUUGGCGUUUAUGUGGACAUCUGGGCCUUGGGGGUGCUUCUGUACUUCAUGGUGACUGGCACGAUGCCAUUUCGGGCAGAGACUGUGGCCAAACUAAAGAAGCGCAUCCUCGAGGGCACCUAUAGCAUGCCGCCGCACGUGUCGGAGCCCUGCCACCGGCUCAUCCGAGGUGUUCUUCAGCCCAUACCCACCGAGAGGUACGGGAUCAACUACAUCAUGAACAAUGAGUGGAUGCAAGGGGUGCCGUAUCCCACCCCCUUGGAGCCUUUCCGGCUGGAUCCCAAACAUUUGUCAGAAACCAGCACCCUCAAAGAAGAAGAAAAUGAGGUGAAAAGCACUUUAGAACAUUUAGGUAUCACAGAGGAGCAUAUUCGAAAUAACCAAGGGAGAGACGCUCGAAGCUCAAUUACAGGGGUCUAUAGAAUCAUUUUACAUAGAGUGCAAAGGAAAAAGGCUUUGGAAAGUGUCCCAGUAAUGAUAUUACCAGACCCUAAAGAAAGAAACCUAAAGAAAGGGUCCCGAGUCUACAAAGGCAUAAGACACACAUCUAAAUUUUGUUCAAUUUUAUAAACUAUGUUGGCUCCCAAUAGUUAACGAAGAUCAUUGUUGCUGCUUUUAAAUUUUUUCAUGGACAACUUGAGUGGGGACAUUUUUGUAAUUUUAAAUAAAUUUAAAUUUGAGAUAUGCAUUUUUCUCCAAAAAGUCUAUUAGUCCACAUUUUGGCCUGAUUUGUGUUCUUGUCUUAUUCUCAAACUCCAGCAUUCAUUCAUUUAAGCAAAAAAUAUUUAUUCAGUGCCCACUACAUGCCAGGUGCUCUCUAAGGUCCUGAGGACUAGCAAGGAAUGACAGGCUGGUGUGUUCUAGCACAGGACAAAAACACCAGCAACUGUCUGUAUGCGUGAUAUUCUAGUAUAGGAUGUGUAUGAUAUUAAUUCAGAUAUAGUAAUGUGAUAUUAGAAGCUUGCUACUUUGGAUUGGAUCUUUAAAGAAGCCCAUUUUGUGUAGAAAGCGUAAGAGUUG